CUCAUCCCUUCCGAUCACUUUUCUCUCUCAACAUCCCAACGCUCGGCUUAUCAAAAACCAAAACAUCCAUCUGCUCCACUGAUAUCUAUGUUGAGCGAAGAACGACGAGCUGAUAGAUCUAAAAAUUAUUUUUGCCUGCCAGGAUAGAAGAAAUAAUGUCAUUACUACAAGACGAAAGCACUCCGUUGCUACCCUCUCAUCAGCAGAAUCAAGUCCAACUCAAUAGCAACUCGUUGGGUGCCCACAAUACUGCUUCUUCUGCCUCCACAGCGCCUCGUCAUCACGAUCAUCUCAAAACGUACACGGCGGGCGAAGAUGCUUCUCGUUUGGCGGCGGUCGCCAAGGAAUUGGGCCUCAAAAAGCAUCGCAAAUCGAGAGUGCAAGUGCGAACCGUCAUUUUGUCAGGGAUUGCAGGAUUGCCAUUGCCACGAGUAGAUGAAGGAGAAGAAGAAUCCCAACCACAAGCGUCGUGGUUGGAAAUGCUGGCCGGAGUGGCGGGGAAUGUGCUCGAGUGGUACGAUUUUGCCGUCUUUGGUUAUUUUGGCGACAUUAUUGGCAAGGUAUUUUUCCCACCGGCAGAAGGAGAUGCACAAACCUUGGAAUCCUUUGCCGUAUUUGGUGGUGCCUUUUUGAUGCGACCCGUGGGAGGAUUUUUAUUGGGCUAUCUCGGUGACGUGUACGGUCGCAAACAGGCACUCACCACAUCUAUUUUUCUCAUGGCAUUUCCCACUUUUGCCAUGGGAUGUUUGCCGUCCUAUGAACGAGUGGGAUACUGGUCCACCUGUUCACUCAUUAUUAUUCGAUUAUUGCAAGGCAUGUCCGUGGGAGGACAGUUGAUUUCGUCACUGGUAUUCACAUUGGAAAAUGUACCUACCGAACACUGGGGACUCUACGGAUCCUUUGUGUGGGCCACUGGUAACAUUGGUGUCCUGUUGGGAAGUUUGGUCGGAUACGUCGUCCGAAGGAGCUUUACCCAUGAACAGCUAGUGGCGUAUGGAUGGAGAGUCCCCUUUUUGUGUGGUAUUAUUGUCAGUGUGGCGGGAUUCUACUUGAAAGCUUCGGAAGACAAGGAAACUGAACAACCACAAAAGCAAAAACAACCAAAGGCCAAAAAGCAGGACAAUGAUAUCAUCCGAAAAGUCUUUAGUCGCAGCAAUCUUCGACCCUUGUUUGCGUCCGCCAUGGUUGCGUCCAUGUGGUGUGCCGGCUUUUAUUUGACUUUUGUUUGGAUGGCCGUGUACAUGACCGAUCUCAUUGAUAAACCCGUACCCGCUGCCUUUGCAGUCAAUGCCGUUGCACUACUGCUUUCCGUCUGUCUUCUCUUUCCCGUCGCUGGGUGGUUAUCGGAUACCUUUGGGAGACGCACCAUCAUGUCUAUUGGAGGCGUCAGUGUUGCACUAUUUAGCCCCUUUCUCGUUCGAAUCAUUGGAGAAACAGGUAAUCCAUGGUUGGCGUUUGGGGCACAAACCUUCUUGGGCGUUUGUUUGUCCUUUUGGGGGUCGCCCAUGUGCGCAUGGCUUGUAGAGUCGUUUGAACCAGAAACGCGGGUCACAUCGGUCGCGGUAGGAUACAACAUUGGCCAGGCCAUUGUGGGAGGUUCAACACCUGCCGUUGCUACCUAUUUGGUUGGCGCAGUUGGCCCCACAUCCCCGGGGUGGAUUUACACUACCAUUGCAACCAUGGCAAUGUUGGGACUUUGGGUUGUGGCGCCAAAAUAGAUGAACGCGACAAAGCAAACUGAGCUCAGUUGAUUGGCCUGUUUACCACAAUCAGCAUGACAAUUAGCGAUCACGGGAUGCUUGUGGUUGUUGGAAUCAAAUGAUCCGGCCUUCUCCUGUCUUUCUUUUGUUGAAGGAAAGACCUUGCCGGAUUCGGUUGUAUCGUGAGGCAUGUAUCACUACAUCUUGUCACGACUAGCAAGCCAGAUGGGCUCGAGAUCUCUGUAUGCAUGUGUGGGGGAGGUCUGGAACUAAAGCUGAGACUGCAAGAUAUCCAAGCCGUAGUCUCCAAGAUAUCCAAGCCGUAGGAACGAAGGUAUGCUGGGACUCUAGCUAGGAUGUAGCUUGAAUUGAACGAGCAAGAUCAACUCCUGAUGAAGAACUGUAGUACUAUGGUAUUGUAUACGUCUAGCACUUGCUGACACCCACAUCCUCGGUCUACAUGUACUAAGAGCUGCGAGACCUGAAAUCUGAGCUUCUUGACUAUUGACUAUACCCCGUAGGCAGCUUGUGUCGUCCGCAUUUUCGCAGGUGUCUUUCCCCCGACAAACUGCAGUCGCAAAAGCACUUCCUUCUUGCCUUUUCAUGCAUUCGUAUGCACAGUACACAACCUGUCCU